AUGACCUCCAACACCUCCAUUCGUAUUCCCGUCUAUGUGGACGGGUCAUACUUAUACAAUGGAACUGAUAAUGCCAUCGCCGGAAGCGGAAUAUGGUUCGCACAUCAACACCCAUUAAACACCUACAAGGCUGUAAAGGGAAUAAGGGUCACUAACAUCACUGCAGAAAACCUAGCAGCCAUCGAGGCCUGUAAAAUAUGUCUACAGCAUGAUAUAAAUGCCAUCAAAAUAAUAACGGACUCAAAAUACUUGAUUAGUUGCAUGACAGGACACAUGGACAAAUGGAAAACCUAUGGAUGGCUCAACGCUAAAGCAAAGCCAGUAGUCAACAGAGAUCUACUGCAACAGUUGGACGGAUUAAUGCAACAAAUAGACGUAGAAUUCGAAUUCUCACCAGGGCACAGGGGUAUCUACGGGAAUGAAAAAGCAGAUGAACUCGCGAAGAUCGGGUCAAAAAUAAAUCCCAUAGGAUCUCAGCAUUCCAGAGCCGCCAAAAACUACCCAAUUACCUAUAACCACUAA